AUGAGAUUGGCAUUGGAAUGGUCGAUCUUAUACUUGGUAUUUGUGUUGAUUGGUAAGGGGUUUUGAUGUAAAAUACGUAUACUGAAUGUAGUACCAAAAAUUUUGAAGUUUAAAAAAAUUUAAAAUUAAAAAAAUGAUAAAUUUUAGGUACAACAAAAGCCCAAAUAAGGCUCUCAAGCCAGUUGAAUUGCAAUUUUGAAGAAGAUUGUCGAUGGCAAAAUUCGACUGGUCAUAUGGGGCAAAUUGGCUGGGCGAUUACUAAUGAUAUCAUACCAGAUGAUCGGUUUCCGGCCACUAUGUCUAAGAAUGAUGAAGGUAAAGUUAAAAUAUUAAUUUUUAUUUUGGGAAGAAAGUUCUCGCCAUUUUUUGAUUUGGAAAGAAAGUUCUUGCUAUUUUCGAAGUUGUAAAGAAAGUUCUUGCAAGUUUUUGUUUGGAAAGAAAGUUUUUGCGAUUUUUCGUUUUGUAAAGAAAGUCCUUGCCAUUUGAAACAAAGCAAGCUAUUUAUAGGCUUUGCAAGCUGCGAGUGACAGCUUAUACGAUAAAAAGUUUUUUCGUUUUGGAAAGAAAGUUCUUGCCAUUUUAUGUUUUUUAAAGAGAGUUCUUUCCAUUUUUUGUUUUGUAAAGAAAGUUUUUGCCAUUUUUGGUUUUGUAAAGAAAGUUCUUGCCAUUAUUAUUGAAAUUUUAGGAAACUCAUUUGCCUACACUUUUGGUCCACCAGGAAUGCAUCAAAUCGAGCUGAUAAGUGACAUUGUCGACUGUCAAUUAGGUGGUGCUAAACUCUCAUUCUGGUAUUAUUUCUCUGGUCCUCAUUCGGCAUUGGAUGUGUGUUGUCGUUGGCCGCCGGGCAAUAAUGAUCCUGACCAUAAAAAAUGUUUCGAGCCUACAGUAGGACAGAACAGAGCACAACAGUGGACGUUUGCUAGUGUUGAGUUGCCACCGAUUUCACAGAGCAUGGAGGUAGGUAGUUUGGGGAGGGUGGGGUAGGGUAGGGUACGGUAGAAUAGAGUGGUUACAGGGUAUAAUAGUGCAUGUUAGGUACGGUAUUUUAGGGUAUGGCAGGGUGUGGUAUAUUAAGGUAUGUCAUGGUAGGGAAUAUCAUAGUAAGAUAGGGUACGGUAGGAAAGGGAGGGUAAGGAAUGACAUGCUAGGGUAGGGCAGGGCAGGGUCUUGUAGAACUUGGCAGGAUACGGUAGGGAAGGGCAGGACAGGGUAGGGCAGGGCAUGGAAUGGUAAAAAUAAGGUACAGUAGGAUAAUGUAUUGUAGGGUGGGGUAGUGUAUCAUAGGAUAGAGUAGGGUAGGGCAGGGUAGGGUAGGGUAAAGUAUGGUAGGGUAGGGUACGGUAGAGUACGAUACGAUAGAGUACGAUAGCUUAAAGUAGAGAAAAGUAAAGUAAAGACGUUUUAACGUAUAUAUUGCUUUAGAUAGUAUUACGAGCCCGAUUCGAAGCACCAAAAGAUGUUGUGGCCAUUGAUGACAUAAAAUACGAAGCUAUUUUGUGUGGUAAACAAAAUAUAUGAUUUAAAAUUUUUUAUUUAUAAAUUGAAUUUUAAUUAUAAAAGCUUCAAAGAAAAUUUCAGAAAGCACUCACCGCUGGGGUUCAGCAUCGGGCGGUGGUGGAGCCAUUGGAGACCCAAUGGAACCCGCAAACCUGUUGAGGCAACUGCCAACUCAAAAUGGAUUGAAAACCUUGGAUAUGAGAGGUACUUUGCUCAGCAGUGAGGGUGUGAAUUCUAAUGGUAUGGAUUGAAUUUUAAAUUUAAAAAAAAUUUAAAAUAAAAAAAAUUAAAAAAAAAUUUUUUUUAAAAAUUAAGUUUUUUUAAAAAUUAUAGACAUCUUGAUAGUACAGUUCUGGCUUUAAUCAUAAUUUAUGACAAAUGUAAAUAAAACCCUUGGGAAGGUGUAUAUAAAUAGUAAUUUUACCGCUUUUUAGUCCCAAAGUCUCCAUUUUCAACUGAUUUCGAAUACGAUACAAUAGGUUUCAAAGCCUCUGAUGAUGAAUUACAGAGAAUUCACUCAAUAGCAGUUGAUGGUAAUUGUAAUUACAAUUGCAACUUCGAUGACAAUGUAAGUUGGUUUUUGGGCAAGUAUAGUAUAAAUGGGAUGAGGUUAGGACAUGGUGGGGUAAAGGUGUGUUAGAAGUAAGCCGGGUUAAGGGAUGGGAUAGAGGAGGAAUAGAGGCAAGGGGUGGGGCGAUACAAUAUGUAGAGGUACCGGUGGGGGUAGUGCGUGAUAGGAUAAAAAUGGGGGUAGAUAAGGUAAGUCUGGGCGUAGGGGUUAGAGAUAGCUGUAGAAAUAGAGGUAUGGCUAAGAGUAGAGGUAGAGGUAGGGCUCUGGUCUUGGGCUCUAUGCUAGUUCUCUGGGCUAGGGCUCUAGACUAGGUCUCUGGGCUAAGGCUUUGGGCUAGGGCUCUGGGCUAGGGCUUUGGUUUAGGGUUCUGGGCUAGGGCUCUGGGUUAGGGUCUGGGCUAGGAUUCUGGGCUAGUGCUAAGGCUAGGGCUCUGAAUUAAGACUCUGUGCUAGGGUUCUGGGCUUUGGACUAGGACAAGGGUAAGGGUAGAAAUUAAUAAAGUUUUUCUUUUUCAGAAUCUAUGUAACUUUACUAUACCAUCAGUUACUGAACUAUCUUAUGUUGGCAUAUGGGAGCUGAGGAGAGAAGCCAUGUAUAACUCAAUUACUGGCAUUAAAGAAGAUGUUAGUAGAGGUAAGGUAUUUAUUUUCAAUUUUUUAAAAAUUUGAGAAAAAUUUUACUAUUAACAACACUGAAUUUGAUAGUAAAAUAAGAAAUCUGAAGUAAAAAUAAAUAAAAAAUUUCAGGCGGUUUAUUCCUAGCCACCGGUCCAAAAUCGACCCCAGAACAAGAAUAUGCUCUUCAAAUCAAGGUCAAUCUGAAUGAACCAGCCAACCUACAUUUUGCUUAUUACAUGGCUGGGGUGAAGGGAAGACUACGAGUUUGUACUGACUUUCCAAAAUUCAAAAAUUGUUUAUUCGAAGUCGAUGGAAGUGGAUUGGAAGGAGAUCCGAGGAAGUGGAAAGACGCCAAAGUUAGAUUGACUUCUGGGGAAAAUACUGUGAGUUUUCAAAAUAUAGUGGCUUUUAAAUGAUGAGGUAGUAAGGUAUGGGCUUAAACCUAAAGUUAGUAUUGGGCUAGGGCGUUAGGCUUAGCCUAGAACUUAAGCUAAGUCUGGGAAUUAGUUGUAGACUUGGCCUUAGUCUAGGACUUGUGAUAGAGCCUUUGCCAAGGCUUAGAUUAGAGGCAGGGCUGAAGAUAGGGCUAAUGUUAGGGCUGAAGUUAGGGUUGAGAUUGAGGCUUAGGUUAGAGCUGGGGCUAAGGCUAAAACUAGGACUAGAGUUAGGUUUAGGGUUAGUGCCAGAGCUAGGACUUAGACACGACUGGCUAGGGCUUAUGUUAGGCUGGGACUUAGGCUAUGGCGUAGGCUACGGCUUAGACUGGUUCUUAGGCUAGGGCUUAAGCGAGGAGUUAGGCUACGGCUUAGGCUGGGCUUAGGCUAAAGCUUUGGCUAAAGCUAGGUUUAGGCUCAGGCUAGGUCUUAGGAUGAUAGAUUAGGCUUAGGCCUUUAGUUCAGGCUUAAAUAUUUUCAUUUUAGCUAACAAUUGUGGCCGACAAGCUAGCCAAGAACUACUUGAUUGGUGUAGAUGAAUUUCGGUUUUUGGACGAAUCGGAUUCAAGGCCGAUUCAAUGUUGA